AUGGGGAACAGUGGCGGAAAGAAUAAAGCGAGGAGGAAGGAGGAAGAGGAGGAGGAGGAGGAGGAAGAAGAAGAAGGCGAAGAAGGCGAAGAAGGGAGAGGUAGCGGAGAGAAGAUGACAGCGAUCAAGCGUAAGGUAGUACAGCAGGUAGUAAUUAUGCCGUUCGUAUGGGUACUGGGUUCCGCGGAAUCACAAGAAAUCGAUGACCUCAACCAUUAUUACUACUACACAUUGGAUGUUCUCUUCCUGGUAACCAUGGGCGCGCAGUAUCUACUAGGUACUUUACCCACCGGCUUGGUACGGUAUCGAUCCGACUAG